UCCGCCCUUGCUUCCUGUUCGUUUCUAUCAGUUUACUUAUCCGUGUCGCGUCUCUGUUCUUUCGCCAUCGCUUUUCCCUUCACAAACAAAUCGUACUUUUGCAAACUCGAAUCAAAAUAAUGGCGUACAGAGCACAAGGCAUUCGUAAGUUGGGGAUAUCUCAGAUGGUAAUCGGUGCCUUAAUGGUGGUCUUCGGCAUUGCAUCCGUAGCUGUAGUACACAGACAAUGGACGUCCGCUGUUGGUUUCGGGAUCUGGAUUGGUGUUUGGGUCAUCAUCACAGGCGUCCUUGGCUAUUUUGGAGCAAGAGAUAACAACACCCCUAACAACUGUAUGCUUGGCACAAUGCUUGGUUUUGCUGUGACGUCAUGUGUGUUCAGUUGUGGAAUGAUCAUCUGUUACUCCUUUGCACUUUCGGAAUGGUCGAAAUAUCUCCGCAACCCUUCUUAUGGUCGUCCUUAUUACUAUUACGAUUACUACGGCUAUAGCAGUCAAACUGCGCGAACUUCUAUAGGCAUUUGCGUAGUUUUACUCCUGUUGGCAUUGACUGAGUUCUUCGUUGGGCUUGCUUCCUCCAUCUAUGGAUUUAGUAACUCCUGCAUCCCGGCUACAAGCACUUCCCAGCAACAAAUGGUUUACUUGCAAGGACAGCCUGCACAAUUUGGACAACCUGGUGUCAUUGCCGGAGCCACAGCCAUGCAGACCUACCCAAACCAAGCAUCCUUCAUCAUCCAGCAGCCUAUAGGGGCACCGGCACCUCAGGGGUACCCCCAGGGGUAUGCUCAGGGAUAUCCACAGCAGCAACAGCAGCCAUACCAGACCAAAGGUGAAGCCCCUCCUGUCUACACCACCCAGUGAGAGGGUGCGCCUUCCAAAAGGCGACCUUAGUUCACACUGCAGCAGAUAAAAAUCGCAAAGUAGAACCAGGCCCGUAGCCAGGAUUUUGAGCGGAGGGUUCGUUUACCCAUUUAGCGGACCAUUUUAUCCCGAACCCCCCCUGGCUACGGGCCUAAGAAUUUUUAAGUACUAUAAAUUGUAAGUUAGCAGAAGUGGCAUAGAUACAAGAUUAAGCAAUUUGUGUGGCCA